AUGCUGGGGGUCUUGGGACUGCUGCUGCUCUUGGCCUGGCGGGUCCAAGGCAGGAGCGCCUUGCUGGACUGGAACCCGACGGUCUUGCCGUCCGCCCCUCUGCCAUCGUUCCCCAAAUCGGCGCCCUCCGGAGAUUGGACGUCGGAGCUCGGCAGGCGCCGGACCAAGAGGUCGGUUUUCCUGCAUUCUGGUGUGAGGAUUUGCCCUCAGGAGAGCGUGGGAGAGGUUCUGGCCAGUCACCGGGCGUACUACCAGCUCCGAGUGUGCCAGGAGGCCGUGUGGGAGGCUUACAGGAUCUUCUUAGACCGGAUUCCCGGGACCGGCGAAUAUCAGCGAUGGGUUCAGACGUGUCAGCGCGAGUCGCUCCGCAUCUCCGACAUAGCCAGAAAUUUCAGCGACUCUGAGGAGCACCUGGAUAUGAUCCACUGGAGGAUGAAGCGCCUCCGGAACGAGAGGCCGCCAUCACGAGGUUUUCCGACUCCCGGUCCCGUCGCUCCCGAAACACCAGUUCCAGAGGUUGUGACCGUCGCAGUCCUCCUUAGUCAGUCCACUUCUUCGCCGGGCUCCGUCCCUGAUCAGCAGUCCACGGAGGUGGUCGAGACGGACUCGGACAUUCCUAACGUCGUCCCCGAGAGUCCGGCGGAGCAGAAGGUGGAGUUCAGCAUUGAUCUGGUGGAUCCGGGCUAUCGAGAACUGUUAGACGACCCGGACUCUCCCCAGUACGUGGACCUGGCUCACCACCUGCGGGACCAGAUGCAGCAUGUUUUCGACAAACUUCCAGGAUUUAUAAGCAUCCGGGUACAGCGGAUCAGCGAGACGCAGGACGCUGACAGUGCCGGCGGAAUCACGGUCCACUACUCCCUGGUUUUUGAAAGCGAGGCAGCGUCGGCGGUGGCUGACGCGGCUCCGACGGCGGCGGCGCUCGCAGAGUCGAAAUUGAAGGAGAUGGUGAGAAAAGCGCUGCGCGAGGAGGCGUCCCUUCCGGUCGAUCUGGAAUCCUUGACGUUUGACCCUGAAGAGAUCCUACGGUCACCGACAGAGGCCUCCUCCCUGGAAGCUGGCACGGAGGCCGGCCAACCCGACUCCCACAAUGAAUUUGAAGUGUUCAUAGACGACCCCGAGGUGGAGAAAGUUCACGCGGUGUUGCCCCUGCCUCCCUCGGAGAAGGAGAACGCGCUGGUGACACUAUUGGAUCCCUCCGACGAGGACGAGCAGGACCUGAGGUUUGAACCGGAUGGACUGGAGUCAUCCAGUGAAGAAGAAGAGUUGAUCAUUUCCCAUAAAAUCGAGACCUUCCAUCACACUGAAACUGGAGAACUCGUCCGGGACUACGCACAGAGUUCUUCGACGGUAUCUGAACUGGACGAGCACAUUUCAAUGACUCCGUCUCCCGCUGACGACAGGGAACUUUUGGACCAGAUGUCUCCCGAGCCCACAGACAUCUCCACAAAACCUGGUUCUCUCACAGACUCUGAGGUUAACGCCCCUACGGAGGACAGUUUAGUAGUAGAGGCCGACUUCACGACACCGUUGAGGGAGUUAGAAACAGAGCUUUCUCAAGAGGUAUUAGAGCAGACAACUGACGCUUACGAAAGUGUCGAUACACCCGAUGAAGAAAUAGCGGGAGAAGGAGAAGAUGCGCUGGCGGUUACCGAACUGGCAGACUCAACGGAGGACAUUUUCCCGCCUCAGGGCUUGGAACUAGAAGAAAAUCCUGGACCCGUGCUUGAACAAAACACAAAGACAGGAGAGACACAGGAUGAUACGGAAAGCCUUUCUGAAGCAGAUCAAGAACAUGAAAACACUGUACUUGAAGACUUAGAAGAAACAAAACCUACUCUUCUUGAAGAACCAUUGAUUGUUAUUUCAGAGGAUAAUGUAUUUGAUGUUCCAGAAGAAGAACAAAACGUUCCCGCAGAAACAAUUCCAGAAGAACUCUUGCCAGAACUUGUCGAGGAAACGAAUGUUCAAGAGGAAACGUUACCAGGUAUUUCAGUGGAGGACGUGGAAACCACAGAUGUUUCAUGGGAACUUUCCACGACAACGGUCGCUACUCCAAAACCAGAUGAAGAAGAGCUUGUUGGGAUUUCAAAGGAUUCAUUCAUAGAUUCAGAGGAAGAACUUGUUGAAGCUCCUCCGACAGAAACAGAGACUCACGUAGGGGAGGAGAAUCCAACCGGAAACCAGGAAGUCACCGAAUCGCAAACACCUGCGGCGGGAGUAUGGGAACACAGUGAAGGGGCGCUAGCAGAAACCGAAGAGAAGACGGGAGAUGUUUCCCGGUCAGAGGGAGAAGAAGAAAUCGAAUCGGAGGGUGUGCCAGAAACAAAUGGAGACGUUCCGCUUGAUGCUGCAGAACCAGAAGAACAAGCAAUUGAUAUUCACCGACCAAACGCAGAGGAUACACUGGAGACCAUACAACCACCUCUGGAGCACAGCGGCACCGUUUCACCGCAAGCCGAGUCCAUUAAGAUUUUAGUCCCGUUUGAUGCGGAAGAGGGAGGAAAUACCGCAGAGGUCCUUCAACCUGUUGAACCGGGUUUUGGACCUCCAGAGGAAGAAGAAAAUACCGCUGAGGUCCUUCAACCUUUUGAACCGGUUCUCGGACCUCCGGAGGAAGAAGAAGAAAAUACCGCUGAGGUCCUUCAACCUGUUGAACCGGGUUUUGGACCUCCAGAGGAAGAAGAAAAUACCGCUGUAGUCCUUCAGCCUUUUGAACCGGUUCUCGGACCUCCGGAGGAAGAAGAAGAAAAUACCGCUGAGGUCCUUCAACCUGUUGAACCAGUUCUCAGACCUCCAGAGGAAGAAGAACAUACCGCUGAGGUCCUUCAACCUUUUGAACCAGUUCUCGGACCUCCGGAGGAAGAUGGUUCGCCCCUUAUCACGGUAUCAGAAGAUCCCAGUUAUCCCAUCGUUGAAAAUUUGCCCUCUCAGGAGGAGGAGGAGGAGGAGCGGCACAUCAAUGGUCCAGAAUUUACCGAGUCAGAAGAAGACGCCGCUCCUCCGGAUGAGGCCGGCAAAGCAGAUUCCACUGUCCAAAGCGAAGACGGUGAGAGGGGGACCCCGACGACUUCGGCGGCCGCCGGCCCGACUGUAGACUCGGGACUUUUCCAGGUGGCGGAACCUCGCGAGCAAAGCGCGACGUCAGUCGUCAUCAUCGAAGAGGAAAUGAAAGAGGAAUUAUGGACAAGUGAACCGGUUGUCGGCGAGCCGGUCAGAGACUUGGCGGAGGAGCUGGACGGGAUCCGCCCGCUAAACGCCGACCCGUCGGAAGACGGGAGCGGCUUUUGGGUGUCGGAAAGUGUCACCGUCCCGCCCGCCGUGACGUACCUGACCACGCCCGACAUGACCACGGCCGUCCAGGGCCGGGAGCUGGUGGUCUUCUUUAGCCUGCGCGUCACCAACUUUGACUUUUCGGAGGAUCUCUUCAACAAGACGUCGCCCGAGUACAAGUCCUUGGAGAACACCUUCCUUAAUGUGCUGCUGCCGUACUUGCAGGCCAACCUGACGGGCUUCCGCAACUUGGAGAUCCUCAACUUCCGAAAAGGCAGCGUGGUGGUGAACAGCAGGAUGAAGUUGGCCAAGUCGGUGCCGUACAACAUCACCGAGGCGGUCCAGUGCGUCCUGCGUGAUUUCUGCUCCACGGCCGCCGCGCACCUGCACAUCGAUAUCGACAGCCGCUCGCUGGACGUCGAGCCAGCGGAUCGCGCCGACCCCUGCAAGUUUCUGAGCUGCGGAAGCGGUUCCCGUUGCGUCCUGGAGCCCGGCGGCUCGGCGCGGUGCCGAUGCGAGCCCGGCUUCCUUUCUGUCGAGGGUCUACCGUGCCGGAGCGUCUGCGAGCUGGAGCCCAGACGAUGCGACGGCGAGUGUCGGGUGGAACCCGGACGAGGUGCCGUCUGCAGGACGAGAGGCGGCGAGCGCCAGCUGGCGGCCUGA